UUCUAGAUGUAUUUAUAUCAGCCCAGUGCCCCCUUGUUCUUAUUAAGCCAAAAAUCGCAGGGCUCGGGGCCGCCGAUGCCGGAGAUGGCGCGAUGUCCCGAAGGCGGAGGCGGAGGAGACGCGAGGAAUUGGGACGAAGAGGGCUACAGGAAGAGCAUUCUUCGAGAGCGAGAGCUCCACUAUCGGACCGUUUUCCGGACUGCCUUCGCCCCCUCGCUAAACCCUACUCCCGAAACCCUAAUCGUUGCCUCCAGCGACGGAUCUCUGGCGUCCUACUCCAUCUCCGCCUGCAUCUCCUCCGCUGCUCAGCUUGUGCAUUUUAACAGGAAAAUUGAUGAGAAGCCUGUACCUGAUUAUUUGUUGGCGGAACCACUUUCCAUGAUUCAAGGACACAAGGGUCCUGCAUAUGAUUUGAAGUUUUAUCAUGUUGGAGGAGAAUAUUUGCUAUUGAGUUGUGGCGAUGAUGGGCGGAUACGGGGAUGGAAAUGGACUGAAGCACUGAAUUCUGAUGUUUCCAUGGGUGUGCAAGGAAACGAUUUGAAGCCACUACUCGACUUGGUGAACCCUCAACAUGAAGGUCCUUGGGGUGCUCUAUCUCCGAUCCCUGAAAACAAUGCAAUCGCAGUUAAUGAACAGGAAGGAUCCAUUUAUUCAGCUGCUGGUGAUGCUUGUGCAUAUUGUUGGGAUGUGGAGACUAGGAAAAGGAAAAUGGUCUUCAGGGGGCAUUCAGAUUACUUGCAUUGUAUCACUGCUCGUAAGUCAAGCAAUCAGAUCAUAACGGGUUCAGAGGAUGGAACAGCACGAAUUUGGGAUUGUAGAAGUGGAUCAUGUACUCAAGUUAUAUAUCCAGAAAAGAACCAUAAGUUGAAGGACUGUUCGUGGGUCAGUAGUGUUGCCAUCGAUUCGAGUGAAAGUUGGCUGGCUUGUGGUACUGGUAGUGGGUUAUCGGUUUGGAGUCUGCUAUCUUGUGAAUGCAUAUUUAGCAGUGAUUGUUGUGCCCCUGUGCAAGACUUACAGUUUCAGGAUAACCAGGUUCUCACAGUUGGUUCUGAACCUGUACUUACACGUUUCGGUAUUUAUGGAGUGGUUCUUUCACAAAUAAAAUGUGCCCCACAGUCAGCAUUUUCUAUCUCCCUUCAUCCUUCUGGAGUUGUUGCAGUUGGUGGCUAUGGAGGUUUGGUGGAUGUCAUAUCAGAAUUUGGGAGCCAUCUUUGCACGUUUUGCUGCCAAGGCAUGGAUUAAGUAUGCAUGGACUGUUUGCCAAACACUGCAGCAAUUAAGAAUCUACGUGUGUCCAGCUUAUGGCGCCAUUGCGUUGGUCUGUUCUUGAGCACAGUUAUAUCGUAUGCCAUUCCCCAUCCGUGUAAAAGACCAGUUUUUGUAUCGUUUAUAUGAUUAUCACAAUGGAAACUUAAAUUAGCAAGUCUCGGUGGACAUUGUACCCCUGGUAGAUCCAAUCAAGUACACAAUUUCAGCCUUCUCUGAUUCCUGCCCUCGUGUGGUAGCUGUUACUCUGAACAAAGCCUGGCUAGUUGGAAUUGGUGAAAUGGAAUGACAUUUCAAAAGUA